CUGGUGGAAUUUGCAAGUAGACACACAGCUGUUCUGCAGCAUAACUGUUCCAGAAUGCAGAGCAGAGAUAUGAUGAUAAUUGGGUUCAUACAUUAAAUGGUGCCUGACCUCCACGAACGGUUUUUAUCUACCGCGCAGUGCUAUUGAGAACCUGUAAUUUAAUCAGCAACACCCAUUAUAAAUGAAAAAGUUUGAUGAUAUAACUUUCAUUUUAGAAUAAUGCCGUCCACCAAAGAUGCCACCUUGGAAUUAAUACAGCGCGAAAUAAAUGAGGUAAUGGAGAGAGAAAAUGAGCUGCGAGCAAAUUACAACCGUUCCAAUUCGGCCUUUGAAAUUACGCAAACUAAUGGUGCAUGUAAUGGUGCUAAACCUCCCUUAGAUAGGGCGAAAUCCGUCUCAUGUGUUACGAAUGGUUCCAAAAAUGGAAAUAGGCUAUUUACACAAAAGUCUCCCGUGAAAGGCGUCAUGCACAGAUUUAUUAAAUCAAGAGGUAAAAUGAACGCAUUUACAAAUUCGUCAAUUAAUCAAACACCUUCACCAACAUGGACCGAUUUGGAAGUAAUACAACCGGCAAAAGUUGCACCUGGAGUACACCCACGUAACGGUUUUGUUCCUGUGGAGGAGAAGAUACGACGCGAAUUUUGUGAUAUGGAGAAACGCGAGCGGGAGUUGCGUUUGGAACGUGAGAAAUCCCAUCCCGAUUUGUUGGCAUCUCUCAAUUCGAGCAGUUCACCGGAGCCGGAAAGGAAACCGUUACGUUCGACUAUGUCUGUGCUGCAACUGAAUGAAUUUGAUAGUUACGACCGAGAGACUUCAUUUGCCACUCUGAAGGGAGCGAAAUCUUUGUCGGACCUGUGCGAUAUCGAUAACGAGGAAGAAGUACCGCCUGGGUCGGGAAGCUUAAUUAAACAGUGGGAAAAUUUAAUUAAGAAGAAUCAAAAAUUGAAGUAAUGUGAUAAUUAUUGCUAUAUUUAUAUUAUGUGUUAUUGUCAAGUUAUGUGCAAUUGCACAAAAAAAUUGAAUAUGAGUCAUAUACAGGGUGGCCUUGCCCAGUACUGGGAUCUCGGAGAGCUUUUCAGACUGGUAGUUUCCUUACUGUGAUUGUGAUAGGUAUAAAAAGUAGAGAUAGUUUGAUAUACAGGACAUUUUUUUAAACGGAAACUACUUCAUUUCACCCAAUAAGAGGCAAAAAUGAAAUACUGCUUCCAUAAGGAAAAUUAAAACAAAAAACUGUAACAAUAGUAUGAUUCAAUUCCACCCUUUUCCAUUAAACCAACAUUGUAACUGUAAAGAUUCUGAGAUCCCUGUGCUGAUUUUCAAAGAAAUGACGAACUGUCUGUAUAUGAAAACUUUCUUUUCUUCUACCAUCAUAAGCAAAAGUGAUACAUCUUAUUUUAGUUUAUAUCAAUUAAACUCGAUCCAAAAGUCUAUUUAACCAAAUAAGACAUCAUUUUUGCUUAGGACUGCAGUAUCAGCUAAUGGGAAAUGUGCGACAAUCGGGUCUAUUGUGUCUUCUGUGCCUUUAAAACUAUAGCAUUCCAUCUAAAGUACAAAUUAAGGCAUCUAUAAAAUAAGAUUGGCUUAUAUAGCUAUAUUUUUCUGUAUUUAUUUAUUGUUCCAACUAGUCUUUAAAAUGGAGAAAUAUCGGGAAUAUGUUUAAUAAAGUGCACUUUGAAAUUU